UCAGGCUGCAAACAAAUCUGUAAAGUAAACACCCACUGUUGAUUUGACUAAAAUCGAUAACAUGGAUAAUAUAAAGCAAAAUAUGGAAAAUCCCACAAUUGAAAAUGUUACUCCCAAGAAGUUUCCACCACUUUUAACAACUCAAGACUGUAAAGAGGUACUAAAACAAGUAGCCAAUAUUUAUGAUGUUACUGACACCACCUAUGCCAAGCCCUGCCAAUCCUAUCGUAAUUUUAAAAUACAUCCUAAUACGUUAACACAAACUUCGAAUGUUAAAAGUAGCGCGAACUCAAAAAGUCGCAAGAAAAAACUGGAUCAAACUGAUAAUGAAUCAAGUGUAGAGAAAAUAAGAAAACUUACAAAUGCUUGUGUUCUAGAGAAUAAAGAAAAUAUUAAUCCUCAACAUUUUACAGUGGACUCCAACAUACGCCCUUUAGCAAAAACCAAAAGUAUUAUAUCACCGCAUCUUUUCGAAACACAAUUUAGUGAUAAUACUCCCCCAAAUAAUAACUUAAGAACAACUCAUGAAAAUAAUCAAAGUAAAUUUGUAGAAAAUCUACAAAUUGAUCUAACACAAGAUGAAAUAGUAAUAUCUGAAGCGAUACAAAAUACUGUUAUAAAUAAUGAAAAUAAUUCAAGUUGUGAUUCUAUAGAAUGUGAAGAAGUUCGUGGUUUAAAUGAAAAUUCGUUAAAAGAUUUACAAUAUAUUUGUACACCAACUAAAUCUAUACUUUAUAAUAAUAGCGAAGUGAAUACUCCUAGACCAACUAGUUGUAUGAAUAUAUCGGAUUUAAAUGAUUCAGAUAUGGAAAUAACACAAGUUGUUAAUAAUCAAAAUUUUCUAAUGGAACGACUAAAUGUAAACAAUCAUGAAAAUAAUGCUGUAACACAAAGUUAUGCAUCGGAUAUGAAUAUUACAUAUCCAAGUAAUAAUAAGCCAAAUUUUAUUAUGGACCAACAAACUGAAAAAGUCCCAAGGCCUCAAGCAAAUAAUGAAGUAAUAAAUGAUGUACCAAUUGGUCUGCAAGAAAUUUUAAAAGAUUUUGAGUUUAAUUCAGACGAUAAUUUAGAUACAAAUUUUGUAAUAUCUAAUAAACAAAGAAAUUUCAAUGAAAUUGCUAAACAGUCAUUUCAUAACAAUUCAACGGAACGUGAUUAUUAUAAAGAUUGUGUUAUUUUUCAAAAACGUAUAGAUAAUGCAGAAGUUUCUGAUAGUUCUGAAGAUGAUGAUAAUUUCGAUCAAUUCACUAAACUGCAAAUGAAUUCUAAUAAACAUAAUAACCAGAAUUUUAUAAUUAUGCAAAAUCAACCAUUUUAUUUGAAUAAAAAUCGAGAGCAACAAAAUGAUAUAUGGACUACACCAGUUAAAAAUGAUAUGAUUUCAAGCAAUGUUACUACCACAAUGGCUACAAAAUGCCAAGUAACUCCAACAGCUGUAAUCGUACAGCAAAUCCAAGUUAGUGCUAAAAAAUCCGUUAUACUUAGAAACAAAAAUUCAAGAAAGGAUUUUAAAGCUAACAAAAGUUUAAAUGGCUAUUUUCAAAAUAUGAAUUCACAAAACAAACAAUCAAUGGAUUCAAGAAGAGAACAAAUAUCGUUACAAAUGAAAAAUUCAAAUCAGCCGAAAUUCACUCAAUUAAUUUAUCAUAAAGAUCCAACUAAUAGCAAAAAGAACCCCCCCGAUCGUUAUUACAACAAAGCUAAGGUCCUAGAUAUGCAACAACGUCAAAAAGUAGAACAGUUAUUACAUUUACCAAUAGCUUUACGUCAGCAAUAUUCUAAUCUCACGAAUGGAAAACAAAUUAUUAAUCUUGCUAAAUAUGAUAAUCCGUAUGAAACUCCCUCAACAAAUCCAGCAACUCAGACACAAUGUAAUGAUAAUGAUCAGAAUUUUGAACAUCGAUGUAGUCAAUCUAAUUCCAAUAUCACGGAAGGAAGGAAAAUAAUUGUUUUGAUAAUAAUGAUUACUCAUCGUGUAGUUUCUCGACAACAGCAUUAGAAAAUCGUGAAAAUUCUUUUAAAAGAGAUAUUUUACAAAUUCUCAAUGAUUUCAACGUAAACUUUCAAUUGCGAUUAAAUAAUGCACAGCAAAUGUGUCUAAAAAAUGUCUCCUUACUUUAUAAGGAAAAAUUUUGUGAAAUUGCACAAAAUAUAUUAAAGAAAUCCCAAGAACAUAUUAAUGAACUCGAAGAAAUACGUUCCAAUAUUCGACGUUUAGUAAGAGAAUUAGAAAGGCAAUAUGAUAAAUUCGUUAAUAAAACAAAACAAUUUGAUGUACACAAGGAAAUUAUGGAGCAGGUAUUGGAUUGUUUAAUUAAUACAAAUGUAUCAAAUGUUAUACAGCAGGAUUAUGAAGAGUUAAAACAGCAAUUCAAUUUUGAACAAAAUAAAGUUGUUGAGAAAGUGUGGCGUAAAUAUUUGGAAAAUUUAAGAAAUGAACAUUGAAAUAUUUUUUUUAUUGUUAUUAUGUAUAAAAUUACUUAAAAAUAUUGUUGUAAUAAUUUAAUUUAAAUUUUACUUUGAUUCAA